UGCUGUGAGUCUGUUGACUCAACGUGUCGUUACGUUUCGCUGCGUGAGGGAGUUUCCAUGUUUGAGCAACACUGAUCUCUACUGUUGUUCUUGUGUGGACCGGUGUCCUCCUGUUAAAGCGUCUGUUCAGAUGGACUCCUCCAGUUUUCUUUACGAUGUCCCUCCGGUUACCGUGGAAAGACUGUGUAAGAUCAUGGACAGCGGAGACGACAGCCUCGGGUGGCGGGGACUAGCUGUCCGAAUCGCUCCCAGCUGGUUAGAGGUUCGCAAGUUGGAGCGCACAGAGGCGGCAGGUCGGAGUCCCACCAGGGAGCUGCUGUGGUCCUGGGCCCAGCAGAAUUCUAGAGUGCACGACCUGUGUAAGGUGCUGGAGGACAUGGGCCACCACAGGGCCCUGCAGCUCUUCCAUAGUCCACCCCAAGAGUCGUCUUUGCCCUCCAGCAAUCACCAUGCAGAGUCUGCAGGGCAGGUCUCAGCAGCUAAAGAGAAGGAAUCCUUCAAACUAGAGGCAAGUUCUCCAUUAAAGUCUGUGAGGUCUGUUGAAGAAAACCAGUCUUCCAUCAUCACGUUCCAAGACAUCAAAGAAGGAACCAGGGAUUUUCAUCAAAAAAUGAGAAUUUCAGAAGGCCAGUUUUGUAAUGUCUACAGAGCACAGCUGGGAAAUAAAAUGUUUGCAGUAAAGGUUUUUAAACAGACAAAUAAGGCAUCCUGGAGGAAGCUAUGGGAAAUGUUCAGAAAAGAAAUGGAAAUUCAUCAUUUGUAUCAGCAUCCACAUAUAGUGGACUUGUUGGGCUGUUUUUCUGAAGAGGACCACUACUGCCUGGUCUACCCCUACUUCCCCAACGGAUCACUAUUCCACAGACUUCACCAUCAGGAUGGAGAGCCCCCUCUGUCCUGGCAAGAACGUCUCGACAUUAUCAAAGGAAUCGCAAAGGCCUUGCAUCACCUCCAUACGGCCCAGCCCUGCCCAGUCAUCUGUGGCAACAUCUCCAGUGCUAACAUACUCUUUGACGAUGCUCUCCAGCCCAAGCUGUGUGAUUUUGGGUUGGCUCGUCUGCGCCCUCAUUCAGUCAGCCAUUACUGUACCAUCACUCUUGAUACGAGUUCCCACAGCAACCUGGGAUACCUCCCUGAGGAGUACAUCCGAGAUGGCAAACUGUCCUUCAGCCUGGAUGUUUACAGCUUUGGAAUGGUCGUAAUGGAAACAGUAACAGGACGGAAGGUCAUAGACGAUGUACCUAAACAAACACUGCUGAGAGAUUUGCUCAUCACUGAGGUGGAGGACAGCGGUGGUGUGGACUCCUGUCUGCAGUUUUUGGAUGAGACGGCCGGUCGGUGGCCGACUGCCAUGGCCCUCAGACUUCUGCGUCUGGCCUUGGACUGCACUGCUAGCCGCCACCGCAGCAGACCAAGCAUGGAGAAGGUACUUCUGUCACUGAGCGAGCUGCUUCCUCCACCUUGCCCCCCUGUCGACCAACCCCACAGCCUGGAUGAUGGAGCUGCUAGUUGUGCCCAGCAGAGCCCCCUGUUGUCCAUACCUGUGGAGCACGAUGAGCAGGAUAGCCCCCCAGGGUUUCCAACAAGGGAAGGGCCGAGUGAAUACAGCCAGUCUGAGGUGACAUAUCUGAGUGACAUUGCGGGUGCUCAUGGUGAGGCGGCAGUAAACCUCUACAGCAGUUGGCCUGUGCAGUGCAGCUGUGCGGCUGAAACAAGUGGUUUAGCCUGUGAGGACUGCAGGGCCAAUGGCUUCACCAACAAUAACAUGGACUAUCCUCAGACAGACGUCACUGUAGUGGAAAACCCAGCCAAGGAGAGACUGAGGAACAAACUGAGUCUUUAUAACAAAGAGCAGAUUCACACAGAGGAACUGUUCUCUGAUGCGGGGCUACCGUAGAGAACACAGUACCUGUUACUGUCCUGACAGCAGGUCAUUUUUGCAAGCUUCUGUGUGUGUAUGAUGUCUGUUUGUUACUGUAGGAUCCCUGUUAGCUACUGUAUCACAGCAGAUUCCUCCUGGGGUCCAUCACAUCACACUAUAACACCCGACAGAGCAUAUGAGCCGAGUGGAGCGGUGACAGUUCAAAUCUGCUCGCUCUCGUUCACGCUCCACUCUGAUUACAUGCUCUGACACCUGAAAAUGUUCUCAUUCACAUAGUAAUUAUUAAAACAUGCAAAUAACAUGGCUUUAGUACAAAUACUUGAGGAUUACCAUAGAUAAGCUACCAUAGAAUAGAAAUAGUGUUUAAAUAGUACAGUACUGUAGAAGUAAUUGUAGCAUGGUAAUCAGUUAAGCCCUAAUACAUUGUUAUUAUUAUUAUUAUUGCUAUUAUUACCAUUGUAGGACUGUUAUUCUCAUCAACUGUAUAUAAAAGAUGGAUAAACCCUCCAUAACGUCACCCACUGGUUUUCUGCAGAGCGGUUUGGAACCUCAAGUCUGGCUGCUGUUGUCUCGGUAGCGCUUCACUCCACCCAUCUCCAGCUAAUCCAAAAAUGGGCAAAGAGGUGGAGCGUGAGUGGAGCUUGCUAGACAGCUAGUGGCUAGCCACCAGUAGUGGGACCCACCC